GCGUUUCGGUAUUUGUGUGUGUUGUGACUUUCUGCAGCUCACGUAUCGUUAACAUGAUGAAGCUGUUUUCUUAAUUUGCUAGUGUUUUUUUUCUGUUUGCAGAUUUUUUUUAAUUUUCAGCGCCUUGAGCUCUCUUGGCCACCGUAGUUUAACCUGAAGAAUACCAGUCACAAACAUUGAAUAACCUUUUUUGAAACGCCCUUGUUGGUCAGUUAAGGCAAUGGACUACAUUCCCGAAAUUCUGAGGUGUACUGAAUACACCAUGGCCACCGUAUCGGCACCAUGGACUGCAUAUAGACUGAAAAAACUCAUCAGGAAGGCAGAGUCUGUGGUUGGCUCUAAGCUUGUCACCCUGGAGGAGGUGGUGGAGGUGAGGAUGCUGGCAAAUCUGCUGGCAAUCAUGGAAAAUCCCUCUCACCCUCUCCACAAAACACUGGACAAGCUAAGGAGCAGCUUCAGCCACAGACUCAUUCAACCCCGCUGCUCUAUGGAACGAUACAGGAAAUCGUUCCUCCCAACCGCAAUAAGACAGUACCUAGGCGGUUGUCUAGGGCGCCAUUCAGAGGGGGGCGCCAAAAACUGCGCAGAGCAAAAAAUAAAAUAAAAUAAAAUAUUUUUUUUUUUUGCUAGGCAGAGUUUUAGGCGCCCCCUGCUCUAUGUGGUAUGGCCAAAAAUAUUGUAUUUAAUUACUCUGACAGUAAUUUCAGUAGUUUCAUUAGAGAAAUCAGUAAAUGACAGCAGCACUCAUGUGGAACGUUUGGCGCUGGAGCAGUUGCACCCCGUACUGUCAGAUGCAGUCUGGAUGAGGAAGUGAAUGCUCCGUGUCGUUCCUGCUGCUGCUUCCAUCCUGUAUUCUACAGCUUCCUUUUUUCAUCCGCACCUGAGGCACCAGCCUGCACCGGUGGCCGAUCACCGGACAGAGAGACCCAGACCUGAUUCUGUCGGGAAGAUGACAGCAUCUUUAAAUAAAACCUCAUGCCUGGCAAAGCUUUCUUUUUUCCCGCCGCACCUGAGGCACCAGCCUGCACCGGUGGCCGAUCACCGGACAGAGAGACCCCGACCUGAUUCUGUCGGGAAGAUGACAGCAUCUUUAAAUAAAACCUCAUGCCUGGCAAAGCGUCCAUCAGCAGAAGCAGAUGUUUACCUUUACCUCCUCCACCUCUACUCUGGCAAGUCCUCUCUAACGGUUCUCCUCCACCUGGACCUUUCGUGCCACUUUCCCGGACAGCCUUGUCUCUUCCCGGCAGGCAGUCCUUGGCGCACCGCUUCCUCUGUCCGCGCCUCCUGCCGCCCCUCCUGCUGGAGCUGGAGAGAUGCCCGGGGCAGGAUGUGCUCCAGCCGCAAGAUCCUGUGGAGCCUGCUCUUGCUGUCCGUGGUUGAGGUGGGCCUGGGUGUGGCGAGUAUCGUCCUGGGAGCCGUGGGCAUCAUCAGGGUCCGUGGCGAGCACAAGCCGCAGCAGGGCGACGCGUCCCCGGUGUGGAGCGGGCUCUGUUUCCUGGUCUGUGGGAUGUGCGGAGUGUUGUGUGCUCGUAAGAGGACGGGUCUUAUUAUGAUCCUGUUUUCAGCGUGCUGUAUCUGCGGGCUGAUUGGUGGCAUCCUCAACUUCCAGUUUGUUCGGGCGCUCAACAAACGGCCGGACUCGAUGCACUCGAUCCACCUGGCUGCCAUGACUCUGGCCGGUCUGGGCAUCACAUCAUGUACCUUAUCGACGUGGCUGACCUGUCGCCUUGCCAGCUCUGAGCAGCAGAGGAUGUUCCUUGAGAGGGAGCACUCACUGCACCACUCGCAAGAGAUGACCGAGAAGGAGAUCCUGGACAACUCCAGCAAUGGCAUCCCUCAGAUCUCCUACAACGGGCACACCGCAGCAUCACCAUGAUGUUACCAAAGGGGCGAGGAAUCAGUUGCUGUCAACAGACAAAUGUAGCUUGUAAUUCCUUGCAACAUGCAAAGUGACUGUGCAGGGAGUGAAUUAUGGUAAAUGGUAAAUGGAUUUGUAUAGCGCUUUUCUAGUCUUGAUUACCACUCAAAGCGCUUUACACUACAGUUUCACAUUCACCCAUUCACACACACAUUCAUACAGUGCAUCUACUUGCAGCACUUUUGUUAUACUAUGGGGGCCAUUCAGGGUUCAGCAUCUUGCCCAAGGACACUUCGGCAUGCAGAUGGUUCAGACUGGGGAUCGAACCGCCGACCUUCAGGUUGGAUUUUUUUCUGCUCGGAAGUUUUCUGCUCCAGGAAGAGGGAGGCGUCUGUGCUUCUGACUAAUUAUGCAAACGUGGCCUCAAACCUCUUCACUUCAACCAAAGCCAGGAUGUAGGGCUGUAGUUUAGGUGAUGAAGUCAGGUGGCAAAACCUCUGCGUGACAUCGUCCGACCUCAAGCAGGAAGAGAUUUUAUCAAAUCAGAUGCCUCAAAGUGAUAAGCACAAACCAGGAAUGCAGCUGAUCCACUUGUUCUAAAGAGCAACUGCUGUUUCAUUCUCAACGCUCUUGUUCGUCUUGUUAUGGGUUCAUGGAAUGCAUAUGUCAUCUGAUAAGGGAAUGCUUUUGCAUGAAAAUACAGUCACACCCAAUACACUGUAAUGUAUAUCCAUGUUUGUUUAUCAGGCAUCUAGUCAUAUCUAUAAAUGAGACAUAUUUUUUAUAAAUGCUUCUUAUAAAAAAUGAAUUCAAAUAAAGUAAGAUAAAUUAGA